AUGAAGUUCACAUCUUUGUACUAUGUUGCGUUUGCACCUCUCCUCUCGCAGGCUUGUCUUCUCCCUGAGGAGCGGGAAGGAUUACCCCGCGUUCUCAAACGUCAAACAUCCAACGGUGUCCCAAUCGCCACCGGCGACCGAUUCAGUGGUGGAACCAUAGCACCUCGCGGUCUUGGUACUCAAACAGCGACGCUCACUAAUAUCCUCAACGUUAACGAGAUCAAUAGCGGACUGAAAGGUCUCGCUUCCGUCUACGGCAUCUCCACGUUUGCAACCCCUUACAAGACUGUCAAUGGAGCAACCAUCAGUGGUGGUAAAGUUGGUGGAAAUGGAACGUGCAACAAUGCUUAUCGCGUUUACUUGAAUGCUGGUAUUCAUGCUCGUGAGCGAGGCGGCCCAGAUGGGCUGUUGUACUUCAUUGGAGAUCUUCUUUACGCCAACAAGAACAAUGUUGGUCUCAAGUAUGGUUCUAAAUCAUACACGGCAGCUCAAGUCAAGACAGCCUACUCGACAGGAAUUGUUUUCGUUCCAUUGAGCAACCCUGAUGGAGUUGCCUAUGAUCAUUCCUCCAAUAGCUGCUGGCGUAAAAACCGCAACACGGCUUCUUCGACUGGGAGUGCUGCAUCGAUCGGUGUCGACCUGAACCGUAACUUUGAUUUCGUGUGGGAUUUCACAAAGAAAUUUGCAUCCAGUGUGCGCUCAAGUGUUGCAUCUACAAGUCCCUCAUCAGAGACAUAUCAUGGAACUGCUGCAUUCUCUGAGCCAGAGACAAAGUCCAUCAAAUAUGUGAUGGAUACCUUUGCAAAGGUCCGAUGGUUCAUCGAUUUACACUCCUAUGCUGGAGAUGUUCUUUACUCUUGGGGGUCUGAUGAGAACCAAUCGUCAAGUCCAACCAUGAACUUCCUUAACUCAGCUUACGACAGUGUCCGUGGUAUCUUGACUGAUACUCCUGGCUCUGGUAACGGCUACGGGGAGUACACACCUGCUGCUGAGAACACUGCCAACGUCGCAGCAGCAAAGAGAAUCGGAUCGGCAAUGUCGACCGCUGCUGGACGUACAUACGCUGUGAUUCCGGCUGCCGACUUGUACCCCACAUCUGGAGCUUCUGAUGAUUACUCUUACUCCCGUCAUUUUGCAGACACCAGCAAGAACCUUAUCCACGGCUACACAGUUGAGUUCGGAUUCGGCAACUCAGCUGCAUCAUGCCCAUUUUACCCAACACAAGCUCAGCACAACAGCAACAUCAAAGAAAUCGGCGCUGGGUUUAUGGAGAUGCUUUUGGCUGGAAAUGACUUGGGAUUGGGUGACAAAACCGUUUGUUAA